UUGCUAGUAAUAAUAAAACAGGCACAUUGUACCCUGUUUUCAAAGAGGUCAAAUUUUUCUAGGGCACAAGUUCUUCUUCUUCUUCUUCUUCAACGGACAAGCUAGGGUACAGAGCAGAACAACAGCAAAAAUCAAAUAUCCACCCUCAAUUCGUGCAUCAUAUACAAAAUUCAUGGAUCACACGAUAUGGGGUCAUCUGCCACUGCUGGUGCGAUCUAACUCCAAAGACUCGGUGGAGUACAUUCUGCAAGCCCUCUGGAGAACCCGCAAAACCGGCCUUGACGCCGCCGACCGCGAGAUCAUCGUAAACAUGCUCCAGCUCCAGAACGACGCAGACCUCGAUCCUCUUUUAGUUUGCCUCCGGAUGUUGAUACGGCGUUCUGUAUAUGACAACAUUGGUAAGGAUGAGAUUCAAAAGCUGUUUCCUGAUGAGGUCCUUCCUGAACUGCAAAGAUUAUUGACACUUUUGUUGCAAAAAUUUCAGAAAGAAUGGCGGGAAGAUGUAUUCAAGGAUCAGGCUACUGUGCCCCGCUUAAAGGCAAUGACAUGGAAUAUGGCAAAUCAAGAUGCAGAACUGACAGAACCUGUGGCUGUAAUUAACUUAAAACUCCAAAAUGAUGCACCAUCUCAUUCAGGAGAAUUGGAAGUGAAGUUCCAAUUGGCUAAAGGCACUCUAGAAACAAUGCUCAGGUCCAUGAACUCUAUUAGAGACCAGUUAUCUAGCACAUGUGAAACAUCAAAUGGGGAUGUACCUCAUGAAACUAACACUGCUUAGCUUAAUUGUAUGCCCCAACUGAAAAGAUACUGUUUCAAUGCGGAGUCGGUUAGAUGGAUCUUCAUCAAGUGGUACCAUCAUGGAUGGGUCUCACCCAAGAAAGUUGGGGCGGGCCUGAAAAAUGAGUACAUCAUGUAUGUGUUGAACUUGAACGGUCCAAUGAUGGAUGGGAAAAGUAAAAGAGAAUGAUGAUUAGGCAAAGGAAAGAAUUUACUUCUGCAGAUAACAAUUUUGGGUACGAUGCCGUUUAUGCUGACCGUAUGUUGAAGAAGUAUGCGAUUCUUCCUUUCUUCCCUUCCCACUUCCCAAAUUCUUGUUCUAUAUGGAAUGCUUGUUUCGUUGGUACCUCCGGGCUCCAACUUUGCGCGUCAUGACCGAUAUCAUCCAGAAGCUUGGCAAAAUGAUGUAUUCCUUUCAAGAAUUGACUACCCUAUUUCCUUUAGAAGUUCAAUCCCAAACAGGAACUAGGUCGAGUAUCAUAUUAUGUCAUCACAUGUCAUGUUUUACCCUAUUCUACUGAAAUUUUCUCCUCUUUGGUAGAAAAUCAUUCCCUCAACAUGAAGAGAAGCACAUAUGUUAUCAUCUACCUUUUCUCCCAAUUCAAUGAUAUCACCUUAUUGUUAUGUUGUAUGCA